UGUCUGUCAUCAUAAUAAACGGACCGUAUAAAAGAAAUUAAUCCGACUCAUAACUGCUAGAUUUGACAAUUGCGAUCAUGGAGUGUAGACGCUUAUUAAUGGUACUUGUGCAGGUUUUCAUUUCGAGUUGCUUACUAUGCAUACACCAAGUCGCGUCUCAAAACCAGCCGAAUGCUCCAACUUGUCCGACUGGAUGGCAAAUGAUCGUUGGUCAAACCGGAAGUACUUGCGUAUGGUUAAGCACUAAUAAAGCUUCAUGGAUAAAUGCAAUGAGUUGGUGCCAAGUUCUGGGUGGACAUCUUGUAGAAUAUAAAUCACAGAACUUCAACAGUCAACUUGCUAAUAUGAUACGAUAUAAACAGCCAGGAAAGUACUGGAUCGGUCUAACGAAUGUUGAGAAUAAUUUUAUAUACCAAUGGAUGACUUCGAAGCAGGUUGCUUUUCAACUUCCUAUGGCUGCCCCGCCAAUGUUGACAUUCUUCAAACCAGGUCAACCUUUCGGCGAUAAAGCCAAACCAUGUGUUAACACUGACGAUAAAGGAGAAUGGCUACUUGAUUCAUGCAAGACAGAAUGCUUUUUCGUUUGCCAGAAAAACAACCAAGUGAAAUGAGCAAUUGUAAUUACGACACACAAUUAGGACAUGUCAAGAAACAUUAAAUCGACCAUUGUUGCUUUUCGUAUUUGUUUAAGUCCUUUUUGUAUAAAUAAAAUUUAUAAAUUG